UGAUUUCUCUGGGAGCCACGCUUACCGAUACUACCGGUUUCCUUCAUCUCUAUCCCCGACCCCCUGAGACAGCUUAUAAGAAAUCCAUUCUCUACGCACUUCGAGGCAGUUCCAAGUUCAACCUCAUCGGAACGUCGUAUUUUUCAUCUCCGUAAGGACAGAGGAUGGCAGAUAAUGAGGGAGGGGAAAAUGCCUCGCGUGGGACUGAUUGGGAAGUAGUGUCACUUACAGCAUCGGCAUAUGCUGCUGCCCCAGGCCCAAAAGAAGUUGAACUGAAGGAUGAUGAUGACAAUAAUGCUUACCGAGAGGAUGAUGGUGCAGAAACAUCUCGUGCUUUGUUGAUGUCUGGUCACUUUGUCUUUCCACACACUAAGCAUGAAAAUUUGCCAUUGGAACUUGAUGACAGUGAGAUUCAUAACGAAGAAGGCAAAAAGGAAGUAGUAUCCGAUCUUGAUGCUGUAAAAGCUGGUAGAUCAAGUGGAAAGGAUGAAGAAAAUUGGACUUUUAAAGAUAUAACUGUACCAGAUGAGUUCCCAGGAAUGCAGUUCUUUGAUGAGAAGGGUUGUAAGUUAUCCAUCCAUGGUACAGAGUUUGAGGAAGGCACUACUCUCCAAGUUUUAAAUUUGGUUGAAAAGGAGGAAAGUAUAUUUAGUGCUGCUACAUAUGGUUCUUUACACAAUGACACAGCUCUUGGCAGUUCAUCCACAUAUGGUGAGAAUGUGCCCGUUCCUAGACUAAAUGAGCAAGGUUUAGAUUUUUCUCCAGACAUUUCAUUAUCCCCAACGCCUGCAAAAGACAAUAAACAUGAUGGGUCUGACCUUCCUUGUGGUGCUUGGUGGAAGAGAAGGGUUGCUUCCUUGUAUGCUCAUGCAAAAGAGGCAAAUACAUUUUGGUCUAUUUUCAUUGCAGCGGCUGUCAUGGGUUUUGUAAUACUUGGGCAGAGAUGGCAGCAGGAAGGAUGGCAGGCUUUGCAAAGUAAGUGGCAGAUCAGCAUCAAUGAUGAGAGGAGGGGCAGGAUGCUGGGUCCUAUAUCUCGACUUAAAGAUGUGAUUGUAGGUGGCCACCGUCGUGGUUCCGUGAUCAGGGGCAGCUCCUCAAGCAAGGCUUAAGAUGAUGAUGAUGAUGAUGAAAAAGAUAGAGAAAGAGACAUGUUAGGUUUAUGAAGUGCUACUUUUGCUGAGUGUGUCCCAUGCACCUAUUUUUCUUAUGACAAGCUGAAUGGUAUAUUAUGUAAAUCUGAUAUUGUUCCGAACUUUGAUGGUAUUUUCUUCAGAGUUGUUUUGUAUAGUUUUGGGAAAUCAUUCAUCUUUUCAAAAA